GAUUGACCAAUUUAAUUUAUUUGACAACCUAAUAUGGAAGCACAGUCUGAAGGAUCGGAAGAUAAUGGAAUAAGGUGGAAUAUAUGUGUAGAUGGGUCUGAUAUUUGAGUCAGUGCCUUCAACACUGUAUUUAAAAACCUUCGAAAAGGAAACGAUUUCACUAUAAUUACUCAUAUCUCUAACGAUUCAAAAACUUACUUGGACAUGAAAUUUAAGCCUGAUAUUAUUAAGCAAGAUUACGAGUCGUGGAUGAUUGGAGUUCACUCAAGUCAUUGGGAACUGGUUUUCCAUCACAAAGAGUCUGGGCUAACCACACAAGAGCAGAUAGUAGAAUUAACAGACAGCUAUAAAUCUGAUAUCUUAGUUUUGGGAUACCAUGGCCGGAAAGGAGUUAAAGAGGACCCAACUCUCCUAGGAUCUAAUGUUGAUCUAAUAGCUCAUAACCCAGUUUGUCCUUUACUCGUCAUUAAGAGGGAAGAAAAUCGAGCAGAGAAAGAAACAAAGGGAUUUAGGUUCGUAGUAUGCAUAGAUGGUAGGGCUAAGUCCUACAAAGCAUUAGAUACUAUUGCACAUAUUGUUGAUAAAGAGAAAGAUGAAGUCAUUGUCCUCACAGUUGCUAGAGUAGUUAUUGACACCGAUGCUGUGAAGGAAAGAACAUCUACGUUCUUAGAUGAAGCAGGGAUAAAAAAUCAUCACUUUGAACUCCUGGAGAGAGAAAUGAACGAGAGAUAUUAUGAAGCACUCAUUGAUUACAUCAAUAUUGACGACACACCUUAUGUUGAUUUUGUGGUUCUGGCUAAUAGAGGAGUCAAUCAUAAGCAUCAUACUGAAGAUAAAUACUUAGGAAAGGUUUCAAAGAAAAUACUAUUUCAUUCCAAAGCUAAUGUUCUCUUGGUGGCAUAAUUUUUGAUGAAAUUAACGUUCUCAACUUA